AUGGCGCUGAGCGGAGUCAACCAGAGCCACGUGCAGCCCGUUUGGGCCGAGAUCCCGUCCCGUUCCGCAGACAUUGGCGCCCAGGCUGUGCCCAGGUAAGCCCGCCCCGUCGGGCAGGGACCCUUUCCCGAUGCCGAGGCCAUGGCCCGACCCUUCUCCUCUUUACUCUCGUUUCCCGCAAGCUGACCUUCUUCUCCCCCUCCUCCAGUAGCCGCGUCCCCAUUAGGACGCAGCUGUUAACGAUAAUCUACAAGUCCGUCUACCGCCGCAUCCUGGAGGAAGGCGAGGGCGACCCCAGCAACCCGAGCGCCCUGCCUGCCCAGAACCUGCUGGCGGACCCCGUCAACUCCAGGGUGAGUCUCUCUCCCUCCCCGUCGGGCGGGGGCUCCGGAAGGGGGUCCCUCCUUCGCCCCUUCGCGCCGCUCCGUCCUCUCUAACGCUCCCCGCCUUCGCCCCUCCCGCAGGUGCCGAACCAAGACACCCAGGAGGAGGAAAUGGACAUCUUCAGCGAGGCUGUGCUCAUCGUCAACGCGCUGCUCUAA